UUGAACUGAACAACCAUCCCCGCGAAACCGAAACCUCAACUGCGUCUGAUCUCAUCCCGUCGCUGCCGCGGAUAGGAUCGAUGCUACAUUUCCAGUUUGGCGGAUAAUUUAUUUAAUCAAUCCCCUUUCUCCGCCUCGCGGAUCGCAUAAAUUGCGAGCAGGAGGCGGGAGAGGAUCAUCAGAGGAGAGGUGCCAGUCAGUCCGUCUGUCAGCCAGUGUGUACUGGUGGGAAGGGUGAGGGGAGAAGAUGGACGCAGAGCAGGAGGCGCGGUGGGCGGCGGCGCAGGGGAUCGGCGUCGGGGUCGGCGAGGAGCUCGUCCCGGCGGCGCUGCGGCAGCUGGAGUUCCUCGCCGCCGUGGACCGCCGCCGGUGGCUCUACGAGGGCCCGCUGCUCCACAGGGCCAUACGCAGGUACAAAGCUUGCUGGCUUCCCCUUCUUGCCAAGCACACUGAGGCUGCUGUUGUAGAUGGGCCUUUGAUUGUUCCUCUUGAUUGCGAGUGGAUAUGGCACUGCCAUCGGCUUAAUCCAGCUCAAUACAUAAAGGACUGCAAGAGAUUAUAUGGCAGAAUAUUGGACAAUAAAUAUGUUGAGUCCUCCAUUCAAGUUAAGUCAAAGGAUCAGGCUGAGAAAGUUUGGGCUGGGUUCUAUCCUAGGGAGCCCUUUGAGUUGGAGUACACAAGUCCUUCUGACGAUACUGUUUAUUUGAGCGAUGGAGCUGCAGGGGGCAUUUCCUAUAAUUUGGUCUCAGCUGUUAAGAGACAGUCUUCUUUCUUCUACCAGGUCGGAACACCGAGCAUGCAUGAUCUCCAUUUUCUUCAAGAAGCUUUAGCUCGGUACAAAGGAUUUUUGUAUUUGAUCAAGGUGAAUCAGGAGAAAGGAAUAAAUCUGUUCCGAGUACCUACGUAUGAUGUGGAUCUCAUGUGGCAUACUCACCAACUACAUCCUGUUACAUACUGCAAUGACAUGCUAAAUCUCCUUGGAAGAGUUCUGGAGCAUGAUGACACUGACGAUGAUCGAGCUGAAGGGAAGAAGCUCGACACUGGAUUUUCGGGAACCACUGAACAGUUCGAGAAUAUCUUUGGUCUGAGAUAUUGGAAGGUUGGUGCUAUGUACCGUGGAAAGUUGCCAUCUUCUGUGACAUCCAUUCCUCAGGUAUUUGGUAGUGAGGAUGAUAAUGGUUCUGGUGUCAGUAAAGUGGAGAAGCAUCUAGCUAUUGUUGAAACAACAGUUGUCGAGUUAUAUUUACAAAUUGUGGACAUCAAGAAUCUACCAUCUGCAAUUCCAGAGAAAAGUGUGUAUGUAUGGUUCACCAAGACUCAACCAGACAUGUUUAUCAGCGAUGGUGGCAGGUUAGAUAUUUCUACAAAAACAGGGAAGAGUGUUGGAGCUGGUUUCCAGUGCGAACCUACUGGCGAACUCAUUCUGACAGUAAUGGUAGAUCAGGCCUCUGCUGGGGCAUCAUCCUCGAAAAAAUCAGAACUGUUAGGGAAGGUUUCUAUCUCUCUUCAAGAGCUUACACGGCCUGAUUCUAAGCUCUCCUUUGAGAGGUGGUUUGAACUGAAACCUCAUUGUGGACCUGGCGGUUCCCCUUACAUCAGCAUCCGUGUCGCUGCAUCUUGUACUGUCCCAAGUCGGGCUCCUCAGGUGCUUAGUAUGAUCAAUGUGAAGCCUUUCUCUCCGAAGACCUGUCUAUUGCCAUCUUCCAUCAAGGAUCAAAAGAUGAGCUGUUGGACUCACUUCAUGUAUGACUGUGGUACUGAACUUGUACGUGUUCAGAUAAGGGAACACAAGGCAAAGAAUGGCAUGGUUCUCUUUCAGGAAUUGGUUGGAGGAACAAAGUCAUCAAAAAACACAUUUCAGCUUGCAGAGUUCAAGAAAAAUAAAUGGUAUUUAAAUAAUUCCAGCUUAUCAAUCACAAGUGACCCCAGACCGAGCCAGGAUGGCUGCAUACUCGAGCUGAAAGGUGUUAACAAUAAACUGAUCAAAUUAUACAUGGGAAGGAGACUAGCGUAUGAGCUCAAAUGCUGCAGUCAGCAUGCUGAAGAUACUGCAGCAGUUACUGCUGUGAAGUUCUCUGCUGAACACCCCUAUGGCAAAGCAGUCGCACUACUGGACAUUGAAUCAGAAUUUAUCACGGUGGAUGAGGAUUGGUUUCUGCUUCCCUGGAUUGCAAUAUCAUUCUUGUUCCUAAAUGUCAUUACCAAAGACGGCAAGAAGCUCAUCAGAAGUACCAUGGUUAAGAAUUUUGCGAUGUCGGAUCCUGACACUGCCAUGGUCUCUGAAACUGUGGCAGUUGGAGUAGUAGGAGCCACUGCCGCUCCAGCACGAUGUGGCCCAGCCUGUGGUGGUGACAUGAUCAUGGCAGUUGACAAGGCUGAUCAUGCUAGCUGUGAGAGCGUUGUCACUGCAAGCGGCAAGGUCGCUGAUUCUAAACGUGGUGGUUGUGGACCAGGCUGUGCUGGCUCCAUGGUCAAUGUGAGCUCCAAGAACGGUCAUGCGAGCUGUGGUCCCUGUGGUACGGUCAUUGCAAGUGACCGGAAUGGCCUUGCUGAGUCUGCGGGGUGUGAAUCUGGGUGCGGCGGUUCCUGUGGUGGAACCGUGAUCAUUGACAGCUCCAAGGAGGGAAAUAACAAGUCAGGUGGUGGAUGUGGUUCCGGUUGUGGCAGUAUGGUCAUCGAAGGCUCCGGGGCCGGCAUUGCCAAGUCUGGCAGCUGUGGUUCUGGGUGUGGUGGCAGUUGCAGCAGCAUGAUCAUUGAAGGCUCUGAGACUGGCCAUGCCAAUUCCAGUGGCUGCGGUUCAGGUUGUGGCUCAGGCUGCGGUGGCGGUUGUGGUGGCGGCAUGAUCAUGGAAGGCUCCAAGACCGGCCACACUAAGUCAGGCGGCUGCGGUGGCGGUUGUGGUGGCAGUUGUGGAGGUGGUGUGAUCAUGGAAGACUCCAAGACUAACCAUGCCAAGUCAGGCGGCUGUGGCUCGGGAUGUGGCGGCGGUUGUGGAGGUGGUAUGAUCAUGGAAGGCUCCAAGGCAGGGCAUGCCAAGUCCAGUGGCUGUGGUUCGGGAUGUGGCUCUGGCUGCGGUGGCGGUUGUGGUGAUGGUAUAAUCAUGGAAGGCUCUAAUACUGGCCCCACAAAGUCAGGCGGCUGUGGCGGCGACUGUGGAGGUGGCAUGAUCAUGGAAGGCUCCAAGGCAGGCCACGCCAAGUCUAGCGGCUGUGGUUCUGGCUGCGGUGGCGGUUGUGGUGGUGGUAUAAUCAUGGAAGGCUCUAAUACUGGCCACAGUAAGUCAGGCGGCUUUGGCGGCGGUUGUGGCGGCGGCUGUGGAGGUGGCAUGAUCAUGGAAGGCUCCAAGGCAGGUCACACCAAGUCUAGCGGCUGCGGCUCUGGCUGCGGUGGCGGCUGUGGUGGCGGUAUAAUCAUGGAAGGAUCCAUGGCUGGCCACACCAAGUCAGGCGGCUGUGGUGGUGGUUGUGGCGGCGGCUGUGGAGGUGGCAUGAACAUGGAAGGCUCCAAGGCAGGUCACGCCAAGUUCAGUGGCUGUGGUUCCGGCUGCGGUGGGGGUUGCGGUGGCGGUUGUGGCGGCGGCAUGAUCAUUGAAGGCUUGAAGACUGGCCAUGCCAAGUUCGCCGGCUGUGGUUCAGGUUGUGGCUCCGGCUGCGGUGGUGGGUGCAACCGCAUAAUGUUCAACGCGAGCACCAAGGCCAGCGAGGCCAACUCCGGCGGCUGUGGCUCUGGCUGCGGAGGUGGCUGCGGUGGCGGCGACAUGCUCAACCGGAGCUUCUAAGCCAGCCGACCCUUUGCGACCGGUGCCCGGUGGCUUCGGACGAUGGCAUGCAGUGAUGCGGGUGCUCUUCAAUCUUCAGAGGUACUCUGGAGUGGCCUUGCAAUAAAUCUUCAGUGUUUUGCGCAGUUCGUCUUGUUUGUAUGAUUGUAUCUACAUUGCUCCAUUCAUGCGUUGUGGCGCGAUACGAAAUUGUGAAUUUGUGUUGGGUUGUGUUGCCCGUGUGUAAAUAAAAUAAAUAACCACAGAGUCAGGUGAUAAAUUAUGUGGAUUAGUGGACGCCAUCGACGAAUUGGUCCUGUGUCAUGCCUGCAUUUUGAUCAGGGUCUGGCAGUGGUAGUGUCCCAAGAAGAAUAUAGAGAGAGCAUAUGCUCUCAGUUCGUUUCAGGCA